UGACUGGGACGAAAAGAACAGAGAAGUUCAGAAAGUUUGAUCACAGCGCAACUACGAGAAGAAAAAACUUUCAAAUGAAGGCAGUAAACGGAUUUAUGUGGCCAAACGAGACAUUCUGACAGACAACAGACAGCUUCUCUAUCAACUAUAGUCCGUUUACCUACUUUUGAAGAUCAUUUUAAGAUUCGCUACGCUUUAACCUGACGGAGCACAGCCUCGCGCUGGCGACUCUAUGUGGAUUUUACUCAAAAUAUGGGCCAAUUACCCGGUGUCUCUUCGGGCAAAGUCAUCCUUAUCGUUAUUUGCUGCCUUAAAGUAUCAUUUGCUCUGCAGUGUGUGGACCCCGUGAAGCCCUGUGUGAACAAUGCUACCUGUGUCACUUUUCACAAUGGAACAGGCUACUGCAGGUGUGCUCCUGGUUUCUUAGGCGAUUACUGUCAGCACAAUGACCCAUGCUAUGUGGGAUAUUGUCUGAAUGGAGGAGAAUGCACUGUGAGUGUGGCUGGCGUACCUGGGAGCCCCAGCUGUGUGUGUCCUCUAGGGUUCACAGGCCAGCACUGUGAGAUCCAGAAAAACUCCACCUGCUUUCCCAACAACCCUUGCACCAAUGGAGGGAAAUGCUCACUCCUCUCCAACGACCAGUACAAAUGCCAGUGCCCCCGUCGAUGGACAGGUCGGCAUUGUGAGCAAGAGGACACAUGCCUGUCUGGCCCAUGUGCCAACGGUGGUACCUGUCGUGCUCUGCCCAAUCGUGAAUUCUCCUGUACCUGUCCUUCUGGUUACCAUGGGCCCCAUUGUCUCAAUGACACAGAUGAAUGUGCCUCCUCCCCAUGCAAGAACGAAGGCGUGUGUCUGAACACCCCAGGCUCUUAUCGAUGUAACUGCCAGCCCGGUUUUACCGGGAUCCACUGCGAGACGGAUUAUGUGCCCUGCUUUCCAUCCCCCUGCCUCAAUGGUGGAACCUGCCGGCAGAUGACAGACACAACUUAUAUAUGCCACUGCUUGCCAGGUUUUAAUGGAACAAACUGUGAGCUGAACAUUGAUGAUUGUCCGAAUCACCGCUGUCAGAAUGGAGCCACAUGCAUGGAUGGAGUGAACACUUACAACUGCCAGUGCCCACCUGAAUGGACUGGUCAGUUUUGCACCGAUGAUGUGGAUGAAUGCAGACUGCAGCCCAACGCCUGUCAGAACGGAGGCACGUGCAGUAACACACGCAAUGGUUACAACUGCGUAUGUGUGAACGGCUGGAGCGGCCCUGACUGCUCCGAAAACAUUGAUGACUGUGCAGCUGAGCCCUGCACCGCCGGCUCCACUUGCAUCGACCGCGUAGCUUCCUUCGUUUGCAGCUGCCCUCCCGGCAAGACUGGUUUGCUGUGUCACGUUGAUGAUGCCUGCACCAGUAACCCUUGCAAGAUGGGAGCUCAAUGUGACACAAACCCUGUCAAUGGCAAGUUCAACUGUAACUGCCCCUCAGGGUACAAGGGCAGCACGUGUGCGGAAGAUAUUGAUGAGUGUGUCAUCGGUCCAAACCCAUGUGAGCACGGUGGCUCGUGUAAGAACACAGAGGGCUCGUUCACCUGUAACUGUGCUCCGGGUUACACCGGUCCGCGCUGUGAGCAGGACAUCAACGAAUGUGGCUCCAACCCCUGCCAGAAUGACGCCACCUGCUUGGACCAGAUUGGAGAUUACACCUGCAUCUGUAUGCCAGGCUUUGAGGGCUUGCACUGUGAGAUCGACAUUAAUGAGUGUGCCAGCUCGCCUUGUCUCAAUAACGGUAGAUGUCUAGACCAGGUCAGCCGGUUUGUCUGCGAAUGUCCUCAAGGUUUCACUGGGGAAAUGUGUCAAGUUGACAUCGACGAGUGUGCCAGCACGCCUUGCCAUAACGGGGCUAAGUGUCUCGACCGUCCGAACGGCUAUGAGUGUGAAUGUGCUGAAGGUUUCACAGGGGCAUUGUGUACAGACAACAUUAACGACUGUGAACCCGAACCCUGUCACCAUGGCGAGUGUAUAGACGGAAUAGCUACCUUCACAUGCAAGUGUUACCCAGGUUACAUGGGGCCCAUAUGCAGCGAGCAGAUACGCGAGUGCUUGAGUGACCCCUGCCAAAACAGGGGGCGCUGUGUUGACAUGGUUAACAUGUACCAAUGCAACUGCCAGCCAGGCACAUCAGGAGUGAAUUGUGAGAUCAACUAUGAUGAGUGUGCUAGUAAUCCCUGCCAGCACGGAAUCUGUGAGGAUGGAAUUAACGAGUACAAAUGUGUCUGCAAACCUGGAUACACAGGGGAGCGAUGCUCCGAGGAGAUAAAUGAGUGCAGUUCGAACCCGUGUCUGAGUGGAGGGACGUGCGUGGACAAAGUGAACGGGUUUCAGUGUUUGUGUCCACUUGGGACUCAUGGUCCUCUGUGCCACUCAGGUGCAGACCACUGCAGCCCCAUGCCUUGCAAGCAUGGAGAGUGCAUUGAGCAGCAGGAUGGGUAUGUUUGUGCAUGUGAGCCAGGCUGGGAAGGUAAGAACUGUGAGCGAGAGAAGAACGAGUGUCAGUCCAACCCGUGCCACAAUGGUGGGAUCUGUAAAGACCAUCAUAAUGGCUACACCUGCGUGUGUGCCCGUGGUUUUGCAGGUUUCAACUGUGAGAUAAACAUUAAUGAAUGCGAGUCAAACCCCUGUUUAAAUCAGGGAACCUGUGUGGAUGGAGUCAACAGCUACAGCUGCCACUGCACUCUGCCUUACAAAGGGAGACGAUGUGAGGAAAAGUUAGUCCCCUGUGACUCUCAGCCCUGUCAGAGACGAGGGGUCUGUCAGCCAUCCCUGGAUUACACCAGCUACACCUGCCUGUGCCACAGCGGAUGGGAAGGAGCCCAGUGCACAGAGGAUGUAGACGAGUGCAAGAAGAACCCGUGUCAGAAUGGAGCUCAUUGUCGGAACACAGUGGGCAGCUACCGAUGCGAGUGUCAGCCUGGAUACACUGGGGUCAACUGCCAGACCAACAUCGAUGACUGCAGCUCCAAUCCAUGUCGUAAUGGUGGUACGUGUGUUGACAAAGUGGGCCGGUUCUUGUGCGAGUGCAGAGAUGGUUUCUACGGCGAGCGCUGUGAGCAGGAGAUGGACGAGUGCGCUAGCAAUCCCUGCUGGAAUGGAGGUCGCUGCACUGACUACGUGAACAGCUACACGUGCCAGUGUCCACCUGGCUAUGAUGGCAUCAACUGCGAACGUGAUAUCCCAGAUUGUACUGAGACCUCUUGUCUCAACAAUGGAACGUGUGUGGAUGGAAUUAACCGUUUUACCUGCCGCUGUCGGCAUGGAUUUUCUGGUCAAUUCUGCCAGUUUGAACUGAAUGAGUGUGACUCUCACCCUUGUAAAAAUGGUGGCACCUGCAUAGACGGCCUGGGGACCUUCCACUGCACCUGCCCACUGAUGUAUAAUGGAAAAACCUGCGAGUCAAUGGUGAAUGUGUGCAGUAAAAUCAAGUGUCAAAAUGGAGGUACGUGCGUCCAGAAGGAGAUGGAUUGGAGAUGCAGCUGUCAGCAUGGCUGGACAGGCCUGUACUGUGACAUCCCCAAUAUGUCCUGCCAAGCUGUUGCCAAAAACAAGGGUGUGGCGGUGGACAUGGUGUGUAAGCACGCAGGGCGGUGUAUCGACAAAGACAACACACACCAGUGUAUGUGCCAGAGAGGUUAUAUGGGCAGUUACUGUGAGCAAGAGGUGGAUGAAUGUCUCUCCAACCCCUGUAGAAAUGGAGGGACAUGUAUGGACUACCAGGGUGGAUAUGACUGCAAGUGUAAAGCAGGUUAUCAGGGUGUGAACUGUGAAUAUGAUGUUGACGAGUGCCAGUCGAAUCCCUGCCAUAAUGGAGGAACCUGCAUUGAUUUGAUCAACCGCUUCUCCUGUGCAUGUCCUCCUGGCACCAAAGGUUUGCAGUGUGAGGUGGACGUGAAUGAAUGUGCCCCAGAAUUCGGCGCUCACUGUAAGAAUGGCGGCCAGUGUGUGGACGGCUUGGGCCGGUACACUUGCUCCUGCCCUCCUGGUUUCACCGGAGAGCAUUGUGAGGGAGAUGUGAAUGAAUGUCUUUCUGGACCUUGCCAUCCAACCGGCAGCAUUGACUGUGUACCGCUCACCAAUAACUAUCAGUGCCGCUGUCGUCUCGGUUAUACUGGACAACAUUGUGAGUUAAUGGUGGAUCUAUGCCAAUCCAAGCCAUGCCACAACAACGGCAGAUGUGCCAUGAACACGAGUUCAUUACAUGGAUACACCUGUAACUGCCAACCCGGUUACACUGGCUUCAACUGCGGUGAUUUUGAGAUCUUCUCCUGUGCCAGUUUGCUCUGUCAAAAUGGCGGACAGUGUGUGGAGAUUAAAGGUCGCCCACAGUGCCGCUGCCAAAUUGGUUUUACCGGACCACACUGCGAGAGCACCACAAACCGCUGCAUGUGUCUAAAUGGUGGCACCUGUGUGACGGAUAAGUCCAACAAGUUCAGCUGCCAGUGUCUACCUGGCUUCACCGGACCAACCUGUCAAAGUUUAGUUUCCUGCCCGUAUUUGGAGUGCGAACAGCGUGCAGGAGACAAAGUAUGUGACCCACAAUGUAAGAACCCAGAAUGCGACUGGGAUGGAGGCGACUGUACGCUGUUCUGGGACAAGCCCUGGAAGAACUGCACAGCUUCCGUACCCUGCUGGGACUUAUUCCAUAAUGGCCGCUGUGACCCAGAGUGCGACAAUGCAGGCUGCCUCUUUGACAGCUUUGAAUGCCACAAAGGUUCAUCGACGGGCCCAAGCAUGUGCAAAUAUGACAGAUACUGUGCAGAUCAUUACGCCAAUGGUCAUUGUAACCAGGGCUGCAACACAGAAUCAUGUGGCUGGGAUGGUCUGGACUGUGCCACAGAUACUCCUCCCAAGCUGGCUGAAGGUACACUAGUGGUCGUGGUGCUGCUGCAGCCCGAGGAGUUUUUGGGUGACCUCAAAGGUUUCCUGCGCUCUUUGGGGACACUCCUGCGCACCAACCUGCGACUUAAGCUGGAUGAGCAAAAGAGACCUAUGGUGUACCCAUACUAUGGAAGUGAGGAAAAUGAAUUUAAAAACAAUAUUGCCAGUAUGAAGCAACGAGGAAAACGAGAGCUGGAGAAGGAGGUUAUUGGAUCAAAGGUUCACCUGGAGAUUGACAAUCGACAGUGUUCUCAGCACUCAGACGAAUGCAUUUCCAGUGCAGACCAGGCUGCAGCCUUCAUAGCCGCCGAGUCACUGAUAUCAGCGCUGCCAUACCCCGUCUACUCUGUGGCCAGCGAUCCAAAUCCAGAUCCCCCCGUGCAGGUUUUUCUGUACCUGGUUGCUGUGGCUGCAGCUAUCAUUAUGUUGAUUUUGGUGCUGGGUGUGUUGGCUGCCAAGCGCAAACGCAAGCAUGGGACUUUGUGGCUUCCUGAUGGCUUCCUGGCAAAGAAAGACAGCAAGCGGAGGGAGCCAGUGGGACAGGAUGAUUUUGGCAUGAAGAGCAUGCAGAAGCCACAGGAUGGAGGGUUGAUGGAUGGCAGUUCUACCCAUCACUGGUCUGAGGAGGAUCUAACUAAAAAACCAAGGGUAAGAGAUGGUACCUCCACAGCCCUGAAGAUGACAGAUCCCUUUGUUUAUGAUCAAUCUGAAUGGACCCCUCCAACCUCACAGAUGGAAGAUAAGCCAUUGCUUCCUGUUGGAGUGGAUGGAGGAGUGGACAGGAGAGAGUGGACCCUGCAGCAUCACAAAGCCGCUGACAUCACUCUCACUCCCCCUCAGGCGGACAUAGACAUGGACAGCCUGGAUGUCAAUGUUAAAGGACCAGAUGGUUUCACUCCUCUCAUGCUGGCAUCUCUACGAAAUGGCAGCAGCCCCGAUUGUGGCAGCAUGCUGGGAGAUGAGGAGGAGGAAAGUGGCGCUGACGAGCCUGGUACAAACGUCAUAACCGACUUAAUUGGCCAGGGUGCGUCGCUUAAUGCCCAGACAGAUCGCACGGGAGAGACUGCCCUCCACCUCGCUGCACGAUACGCCCGAGCUGAUGCCGCAAAGAGACUGCUGGAUGCUGGGGCUGAUGCCAACGCUCAUGAUAACAUGGGCCGCACUCCUCUACAUGCGGCCGUGGCAGCAGACGCCCAAGGAGUCUUCCAGAUUCUCAUCCGUAACCGUGCUACGGAUCUUGAUGCCCGUAUGAAUGACGGCACCACACCACUCAUCCUGGCAGCCAGACUGGCAGUGGAGGGCAUGGUGGAGGAGCUUGUGCACUGCCACGCAGAUGUCAAUGCUGUGGAUGACCACGGCAAGUCAGCUUUGCAUUGGGCCGCGGCUGUUAAUAAUGUAGACGCCACUCUAGUGCUAUUGAAGAAUGGAGCCAAUCGGGACAUGCAGGACAAUAAGGAGGAGACCCCCUUGUUCCUGGCUGCCAGGGAGGGCAGCUUUGAAGCGGCCCAAGUCCUCCUAGAUCAUUAUUCAAAUCGUGAUAUCACCGAUCAUCUAGACCGCCUGCCUCGUGAUACUGCACAAGAAAGAAUGCAUCACGACAUUGUGCGUCUUCUAGACCAGUACAACCUGGUGCACAGCCCACACUCCGGGCCUAACCACGUGGGCAACGGCGGAGGACACUCCUCCAUGGUUUGUGGGACAAAUGGCACAGGAUUCAUGAUCGGCAUGCGCCCAGGUCCGCAGGGCAAAAAGAACCGCCGAGCAGGAGGAAAAGCAAACGCUGUUGCAGCCGGAACAGCCAAGGAUCUUAAAGAAAUGAAGGCGAAGAGGCGGAAGAAGCCGGCCGGAGGAGAGGUCCCGAAUGUGGUGGCGGUGGCCGGAGGCAGCGGAAAUGUCACCAAAGCAGCUGGUGGCCUCUCAGAGAGCUCAGUCACAAUGUCACCCGUGGAUUCCCUGGAGUCUCCACACUCGUAUGCCGGAGAGGCAGUUGCCACCUCCAGCACGGCGAGUUCGCCUCCGCUGCUUAGCAGCCCCUCCGUGAGGCCCAUGCUGCCUCCUGUGAGCCACAUGUUGGGCCAGCAGCAAAGCUGGGUGGGUCUGGCCAAACACGGCUACAAUGGCCACAUGUUUGGCCUCAUGCAGCCCCACCAGAUGAACGCGGGCCACACCAGCAUGCAGCAGCAGCACCACAGCCCCGGCAUGCUCACCCCGAUGAACGUCACCAUGACACGUGAACAGCUACCGCCCAUUGUCACCUUCCAAAUGAUGGCGGCUGGCAACGGGCAGAGCCUCCUCAAGCAGGCGCAACAAAGCCAGAUGCAGGCGCAGGGGCAAAAUCAGGCGCAAAGUCAGCACCUGCACUGUAAUCAGAGUAUGAUGUUCCCCAUGCCUGAUGUGGCAAUGCAGCACGGGUUGUCGCAUACCCUUUCGCACCCCCACGGUCACAACCACGCACUCCCUCACGGGCUGCCUGAGAGCCAAGCACGGCAAGUUGCGUCCUACCAGCCACGCCAGAGCCCCGUGGAUAAAUAUCCUACACCACCUUCUCAGCACAGCUACGCCACCGCCGGCUCAGAGGGAACCACCCCUGGUCAUCCCGCACACAAUCCCAGCGAGCACCCCUACCUCACUCCUUCCCCUGAAUCGCCCGACCCCUGGUCCUCCUCGUCGCCGCACUCCAACUCAGACUGGUCCGAUGUCACCACAAGUCCCACCCCUCUAGGAAACCCCCAUACACUGCCUCCUUCCUGCCACACACACAUUCCCGAACAAGCCCAGCUGCAGCCACCAUCGCAAGCCGCGCAGCCGACUCAGUCUCAGCAGUCACAGCGCAGCAGUGUGUACGCGUAGGAACUCGGACGUUCGAGUGUUUAAUUGCACGGCUGUUUUGAUCUCUCUUCAGCUACCAGGGGAGUAACAGUUUAUCCUUUCUCCACCCUUCAUGCCUUUAUUAUGCUCUGCAUGUUGACUUUAAAGUUUGCGUAUCGUAAAUUCCCAUUAGCCUGAAUAUCGCACAGAGGCCUGGACUAAACAGAGAAACAGCUUUAACAACUCGGGAACGACCGUGUACAAUCCAGGGCACUGUUACCUAUGGACAUUCACAGUGCCAAACUUUCUUGUUUGUGGUUACUGUCCCCAAUUUGCGGAAAUGUAUUUCAAGUUUUAGUCAAAUCUUUUACAAUUGAAGGAAGUUUCUCAUUUAAUCUGCCAGCUUUGUUUGAUCAUCUUUGUUGAUAUUAAUUAAAAGUCAGAUAUGCUUAGUUGGUACCAACCUUAAAGGGAUAGUUCACAUGAAAAUGAAAAUGAUGGCAUCAUUUACUUACUCUUAUGUUGUUCCAAACCAGUAUGACUGACUUACUUCUGAGUUCAAAAGGAGAUCUUUUUAAAAAUGUCUCAGUGUUUUCUCCAUACAAUAAAGUUAGAGAGGUUUAAAGGGACAGUUCACCCAAAAAUGAAAGUUGUCAUUUACUCACCCUCAUGUCAUUCCAAACCUGUAUGAGUUUUUUCUUGAAGAAUGCUGGCAAUCAAACAUCCCCAUCAUUUUGUUCACUACUAUGGAAGUCAAUGGGGACCAACAACUUUCUGGUUCUUCAAAAUAUGUUUUGUGUUCAGCAUAAAGAAACCUAUACAGGUUUGGAAUGACAUGAGGGUGAGUAAAUGAUGACAAAAAUUUCAUUCUUGGAUGUACUAUUCCAGUUGACCCCAUUGACUUUCAUUGCAAGUAGAAAAAAACAUUCUUCUUUUGGGCUGCACAGAACAGUCAUACAGGUUUGAAACUACAUCUGAGUUUUUUUUAAUUUUUUUGAUGAGCUAUGCUUUUAACUGCUAAUUUAAUCUUUUUAUAUAAUGGGUCAGCCUUCAUGUGUUCUCAUUUUUUUUUUUUUUUUUUUUUUUUUUUUUUUUUUUUAGAUCAACCUGCAUUUUUUUUUCUUGUAGUGAUAAUCUUAUAUGAAAUUGGUACUUGUUUUGUGCGAUUUGGUAGCACAAAAGUGCUACACAUACAUCUCAUUCAUUUAUGUGUGGUUCAGAGCUAAACUGGUGUAAAUAGUUAAAUGUUACAUUAUGUAUUUCCAUGUUGUCUGUUACAGUUUAUCCUCUGCCUUGCCAAUGAUUUAAACAGGUAAAAAGAGGCGUGUAAAUAUAAAUGGUUCCAGUUUCUUUUGAAAUGGUAUGCAGUAUUCAGUGGCCGCACAAACAUAACAGAGGUUUGAAGAGGAAUUCCAGCUGCCGUCGUCAAGCCGCAUGAGCCUUUCGGAAAAGGAAAUGUUUAGACGUAUAUUAUCAGUGCCUUUUACAACACAUUUGUAACCAUUGUUACUAUUUUAUUUGUUCGUUCUGCCUUUUUUGUGUUUACUGUAUAUUUUUAUUCUGCGCAGUUUAACUGGUUCUGAAGUUGUAUCUUUUAUUUACAUGUCAUGUAUUUUCUUCAUCCUAAUUGCAAUCAGCCUGUCUGUGCAACCGUAUGAAUCACUUGCUAAUUUAGAAAUCGUACUUUAUACAAUCUAAAUGUGCUGUUUCACAUUUUUUGAGCAAAGCUUUAUAAAACUGAUUAGUACAAUCACAUUUUUUAAAUGUGUUUUGCACAAUAAAGCCCCCGGGUCUCUUAAACGCCAAAUAAACACUCAGUAGUAUUUAGAAAUGCAUGCAUACAUUAGCCAGAGUGGUGAUGAAAUACUGUCGAAGGUCUUACGAACGUCCGGUAUGCUGUAUUUGUUCAGGUGGGUGGAUCGGUGAUAUUGUGUAUGCUCAAGGUCAAUAUUAAAAGAGUCUCUUUAUGCAAAUAGAAACCUUUAUGUACUAUAGGCUCCAUAUGGCAUGUUCUUUUUGGUAACAGUUGAUAUCCUGUAGCACUUAAGGGCCCUUCAACAGUGUACUGAAAUCGGAGGAAUUUAAUGGCUGUUAGUCCACCAAAUAAAGAUCAAAGCAAAGCUUUCGGAGCAUUGUAUUUUCACCCAAAUGUUAUGCAAAGCUAUUUUUAUAUGUGCUGUAUAUAAUUUUAUGUUUUGGGUUUUUUAUCCCUAUUGUACUUUCUUCUGUUCACCAAAUAUAUGCAGACAGUAUGCUAGAAUGAAGUAAAUGUUUCAUCUUUGGUUUUUGUAGAGUACAAUUUGUGAUUAAAAGAAAAAAACCUGUGUACUGGAAAUAAUCCCAGACAAUUAAUGAUUAAAAUAGAGAUGAAACACAAAUAAAGGAAACCCUUUACAAAUUGA